AUGGACGUGUGCCGGCUUUCAGAAACUAACACCAACCCUCCAUCUCUCUACCCCUUCAUCUCUCCACCCCUUCAUCUCUCCACCUCUGCAAAUCUACACCGCUCUACCCCUCCAGAACACCAACCCUCCAUCUCUCUACCCCUUCAUCUCUCCACCCCUUCAUCUCUCCACCUCUCCAAAUCUACACCGCUCUACCCCUCCAGAACACCAACCCUCCACCUAUCUACUCCUUCAUCUCGCCACCCCUUCAUCUCUCCACCUUUCCACAUCUACACUGCUCUACCCCUCCAGAACACCAACCCUCCAUCUCUCUACCCCUUCAUCUCUCCACCCCUUCAUCUCUCCACCUCUCCAAAUCUACACCGCUCUACCCCUCCAGAACACCAACCCUCCACCUAUCUACUCCUUCAUCUCGCCACCCCUUCAUCUCUCCACCUCUCCACAUCUACACCGCUCUACCCCUCCAGAACACCAACCCUCCACCUAUCUACUCCUUCAUCUCGCCACCCCUUCAUCUCUCCACCUUUCCACAUCUACACCGCUCUACCCCUCCAGAACACCAACCCUCCACCUAUCUACUCCUUCAUCUCGCCACCCCUUCAUCUCUCCACCUCUCCACAUCUACACCGCUCUACCCCUCCAGAACACCAACCCUCCACCUAUCUACUCCUUCAUCUCGCCACCCCUUCAUCUCUCCACCUUUCCAAAUCUACACCACUCUACCCCUCCAGAACACCAACCCUCCACCUAUCUACUCCUUCAUCUCGCCACCCCUUCAUCUCUCCACCUUUCCACAUCUACACCGCUCUACCCCUCCAGAACACCAACCCUCCACCUAUCUACUCCUUCAUCUCGCCACCCCUUCAUCUCUCCACCUCUCCACAUCUACACCGCUCUACCCCUCCAGAACACCAACCCUCCACCUAUCUACUCCUUCAUCUCGCCACCCCUUCAUCUCUCCACCUUUCCAAAUCUACACCACUCUACCCCUCCAGAACACCAACCCUCCACCUAUCUACUCCUUCAUCUCGCCACCCCUUCAUCUCUCCACCUCUCCACAUCUACACCGCUCUACCCCUCCAGAACACCAACCCUCCACCUAUCUACUCCUUCAUCUCUCCACCUUCCCACAUCUACACCGCUCUACCCCUCCAGAACACCAACCCUCCAUCUCUCUACUCAUUCAUCUCGCCACUCCUUCAUCUCUCCACCUCUCUACAUCUACAUCGCUCUACCCCUCCAGAACACCAACCCUCCACCUAUCUACUCCUUCAUCUCUCCACCCCUUCAUCUCUCCACCUCUCCAAAUCUACACCGCUCUACCCCUCCAGAACACCAACCCUCCAUCUCUCUACUCAUUCAUCUCGCCACUCCUUCAUCUCUCCACCUCUCUACAUCUACACCGCUCUACCCCUCCAGAACACCAACCCUCCAUCUCUCUACUCCUUCAUCUCGCCACCCCUUCAUCUCUCCACCUUUCCAAAUCUACACCGCUCUACCCCUCCAGAACACCAACCCUCCAUCUCUCUACUCCUUCAUCUCGCCACUCCUUCAUCUCUCCACCUUUCCACAUCUACACCGCUCUACCCCUCCAGAACACCAACCCUCCAUCUCUCUACUCCUUCAUCUCGCCACUCCUUCAUCUCUCCACCUUUCCACAUCUACACCGCUCUACCCCUCCAGAACACCAACCCUCCACCUAUCUACUCCUUCAUCUCGCCACCCCUUCAUCUCUCCACCUCUCCACAUCUACACCGCUCUACCCCUCCAGAACACCAACCCUCCACCUAUCUACUCCUUUAG